AUGGCAUCGCUCUUGGAUCACUCAGCUGGCGGCCAGACCGUUGGAUACUCCUUCUCUCAGUCCGCAGCUGCUCCUGUCAAGCAACAUGGAUUCUACCCAUACACCGAUAACGGCGGCUCGACCCUGGGCAUCACAGGAUCCGAUUUCGCCAUUCUUGCUGGUGACACUCGCUCGACAUCCGGCUACAAUAUCAACUCCCGCAUGGUUCCGAAAGUGUUCAAGAUCGGUGGCGACGAAGAGACCGGCGAGGGAGCUCACAUCAUUUUGUCCGUUGUCGGCUUCGCCGCGGACGGCAACGCCCUCAAAGAACGAUUGGAUUCGGUCGUGAAGAUGUACAAGUACCAACACGGAAAGCCCAUGUCUGUUUCAGCCUGCGCACAGCGUCUGUCAACGAUUCUAUACGGAAAGCGCUUCUUCCCCUACUAUGUGACCGCCAUCCUGGCUGGUCUGGAUGAGGAAGGCAAGGGAGCUCUGUACAGCUACGACCCCGUGGGCUCUUACGAGAGGGAACAGUGCCGUGCUGCUGGUGCGGCGGCGAGCUUGAUCAUGCCGUUCCUCGACAACCAAGUGAACUUCAAGAAUCAAUACAUUCCUGGUAGUGGAGAGGGACAUGCGCUCGAGGCUAAGAAGGCCGAGCCUCUGCCCCAAGACCACGUCAAGCAACUCGUCCGAGAUGCGUUCACGAGUGCUGUCGAGCGCCAUAUCGAGGUUGGUGAUCACUUGCAAAUGUUGAUUGCGACCAGUGAUGGCAUUGAGGAAGUUUUCCACCCGCUGAAGAAGGAUUAG